AUGGUCGUCUCACCCCCACAGAGGCGUCGUAACGGCCAUAGAGCGGUAGCGGUGAAGAUGGUCAGUGGGGCCAAGGGAGCAAGCAGACUGCAGCAGCUGGGUUGGGAGCGUGCAGCAACUAGGCACGACAUGUCUACUUUGAAGACGGCGAAUGCCUCCCAAGGAAGUCCCCGGAGUACGGACGGGGAUUUAUGCGAUCCUGGCUUUUUAUUUUCCGGUAGAACCCUUCUGGGACUACCCGUUUUCGGUGGGCCAAGUUUAAUUGAAUCGCAAACUCCCAGACAGCUGUACGGGACGGGCGUCCUACAGGACGCGGGACACUUCGUGGAGGAGGCGGCUGGUGGGGCAGGUGGUGAUCCGAAGACAUUAUCUCUUCAGACCAUUCUGCAACAAAUGCAUGCAAAAUGGGAUGCGGUGUAUGGUGGUGGGGCUGUGAAAGGCGGGGAGGAGGCCAGUGGGUUUGGCUGUGAAGCGCAGGGGACUUGCGGAAGUUACAGAGUUGGCUUUAUAGGCAGUGCAACAAACGGAACAAACGUAGUGGGGGGUUCAGUGGGCGAGAGGUCUCAUCUGCGGGGGAAGGAGGUUGCUGGAAAGCAAGAGAUGGGGAUCUUUCAGUGCAGCGGGGAUGAACCGUCUCACGAAACUGAGGGACGCAAGGCGCGGGGACUGACAGUGGAGACGUGGAGACCUGUGGUGGAGAGCUCGGAAUGUGGCGUUGCUGCAAAGCAUGCAACAGUCGAUGCUUCGUCGGCUUCACACCAAAGGCCUCAAACGAGGAUUGGUGAGGUGCACAGGCGGGUGGGUCAACCCACUCCAGACGCUAAGUACUUGCGCUAUGCAACAGCGUGCUGCCAGGAUAGAGGCAAAUUGGUGCGGAUGCAGGACCAAGCAAAAGCAAAGGGAAGCCACGAUGCCAGUGACGCGUUAACGGGAAGCAUGCUGCCAGUGAGGGAGACAUUGGCGCGGCCAUCACUCCCAUUAGCUCGACAUGAGUCCGUAGCCUUGCAGAUGAAGAGUUCUAUUGAAAGUUUGUAUGAUGACACUGUUGCUACAAUAAGCUCCUCGGAGAUGUGCCACACUGACGGUGGUGAGAGCAACUGUAGAAGUAGUAGCCCGAGCGGUGGGCCAAGCAAGAGUGAAACUGGAGCUGACGGGUUCGUUUGCACCGCUCAUGUGACAACCAAUGCCUGUCGCUCUACUGAGAAGUCGAAGACUUGUUUAUCCCUCCCUAGAGAAUCAUGUGGUAGGGGUGCUGGGGAAGACCAUUUUUUCACUAUUCCGUCAGCCCAUGGAGAUACUGAGGGAGAAUGGAAGCAAGUGCAUCGCAUUAUUGAAGAUUGCCGACGGGAAUUGGGUGGUACUGUGCGAGGUGAGAGACUAAUGCAGAAGAGACCGUUCGACGAGACGAACAGUACCGCGUUGAAAGGGAGCGAACAGUCAAGAGGCGUUGUGUUCGUUGUGCGGGAAAACUGGGAGGCACUCACUCUUUACUAUUGCUCGAGUAGUGGAGAAGUGCGUGCAGUUGCUUCGGAACUAAGUCGUGUCAGCACGCUGAGUAGUCCGCCAGAUCUGUGCAAGGAACUACCAACCAUGACAAUCGGUGGCUCGGGCUGUAAGCAGUGUCAUGCGCGGCUAGGCCGUGCCUGCAACGGCUGGUGGAGGUCGCGGUAUGUUUUGUCGCGCGUGACGGUUACACUUGCGAAUCAGCCUUCCACUGGGUUUAAGCCGCAGGAACACGCAGCUCUUGGUGGCUAUGGACGUUAUGUUGCUGCUGUUAAUGAUUGGUCUGGAGACUGGUCUGAGUCGAAGACUAACAUGGAGCGGCGGCGAGGAAUGCAGUCACCUCUUUCCUCCGAGCCGCCUCCAGCUGCCUCGAACGGUUUGGAGGCAUGUGAAUACACAGACCAGACGUCUCUACAGAAGGGUGCUGAGGCAUUUGCAGCACCAACAGAGGUACUGGGGGAUAACGAGACAGCUGUGCACGCGCCGAAUCAGUUUGUAAAUCCACCGCAGAAGUGCCCACCGAAUGGAGAGCACAGAGACAUGUCUACGUACAAACUCAAGGAAAACAGUGACCUCGACGUAAAGGAGGUCGCGACGUUGGAGCCCAAGGGUGUGAGCGAAUCUAAGGAAACGAGCGUUUUGUCAAACUGUACCGGCGGCAAGCCUUUUGAGACUACAGAGUUCGGAAGAGACCCCUUGGCGUUUCCGGGCGGAGCGAAGGAUCCGUCUUUGCGAACAGAAGAUAACGCGUUUGUCGGAGAGCAGGAGAGCGGUUAUGCAAUGAAGGAAGGCAGUUUGUCGCCAGAAGUUGUCUUGUCAGACUUCUUUAGCGACGAGCUUUCCAUUGGAGUGCGCGCAAGGAAGGCGCCUGAGACUACAGAGAACAGCUCAGGCGACGUGCGGAAGCCACUGCAAUUGCAAGAACCAAACACUUGCGACUUUAAAGAUGAAUAUGGGAACGACACGUGGGCGAUUAAUGACAGACGGAGCAGACUCGCUUCUCUGCUUUCGGCGCCCUGUGACAGCUUUGAGGGGUUCCAUUCAGGCGAAUGGAGGGACGAGCCGACCAGUGAGAAAAAUUCACUGGAUGAACCGUCGUCCAAUGCAUUGGUCUUUUUAGACAGCCGGGGGUCAAAGUCACAGGAAAUGCCACAUGAAGGCAGUUCCUUUCGAGUGGCCAGGCAGCGGCAGCGCUAUGGUACGGGGGAGCCGAUGUGCAAAAGCCGAGCCCACCGUUACGCGGGACCCUACGGAGGCAGAAGGAAGAAGAUGAGGAGACCUUCAAAGUCCCAGGCGAGUUCGCGGGAGUCAGCAGAAGGGGCUUGGAAGACACUAGCACAGUGUUAUGCUGCAUGUGCUCAAACCAUCGGCCUGAAAACAGUGGCUGAUGCGCAGAGCAGCAGCCUAGGGAUGUGUGGGGAGGAACGCGAACUGGCGGAAGAGUUCCUAGAUUUCGUUUCCCAUGUAGCUCCGGGCGUACUGAAGGCAUUAGGUGACACCCAUAUAACGCGCCUCAGGCAGCGGAAGCCUCAUGCCACGGAUUACAUGCGCGACGACCAACUCCCACUUCUGUCCCAUCAGCAAAGCAAGCACAAGCAGGUGAAGCUAACGCCGCAAGCCGUGAGUGGAACAAAGCGGCACAUGCAGUGUUAA